GAUAAGAUCAAGAUAGAAACCACACCAACAAAAACAAAACUAAAGUAAGUAAAGAGAGCACACUGAAAACCUAAAAUACCGGAAACCGGCUCAUGACUCUCCAAUAACAGUGGCGCCGCUUUUAACAAAACUGUCAAAUAUUACCAGCUACUCAAGUCACCCACUCUCCUUAUAUAUCAUAACUUUCUUUGUUGACUCAACUUUCUCUUAUAUAUACGACAACAUAUUUCAUUUGGAUUCAAAUUCAACUAGAAAGAUGAUACUGGUGGCGAUUGUAGCGGAGGUGAUGGAGGAAUACACGGCGUUACUGGCAAGGAUGGUGGAACAGGUUUUCAAUUCUGCACCUGUACCUCGAAGGGUUCGUUUUCUCAUACUACGUAAUCUUCCCUUUGUUUCUUCUCAACCUAGGAGGAUUCACUUUCAAUCUCAUUAGUUCUUUUUUCUUCUUCUUCUUUGUUUUGUUUUGUUUUGUUUUGUUUGCCAUUGUUCCGUAUCCUAACCUUUGUAAAUUUUUAUCUAGUGAAUUUGAGUUUGAUGGUGAUUGCACUGUAAAUUUACUAUGAAGGUGUGCAAACAAGUGUGUAGAAACUUCUCUUGGACAUUUAUUUUGUUCUCUUAGGACUCCAAUUUUCUUAGUAGACGAAAUAGUAAACACCAUUAAACUCACA